AUGGCCAAGCAUCGCAAGGAGCAGACGGCCGCAGGAAGCAUCAAGCUUCGGCAGCCUGUACGUGGCGCUCCAACCGAGAAGACUCUGCUCGACUUUGCGCAGGAGCAAAACCUGUUCCAACAGGCCGACCGUCGCCAGGCCGAGCUGCGGAAGCAACGAGGUGAAGAAUUUCGACAAGGCACGGAGAAUGACGACGAUGGCGACGACGACGACGACAAAGGCAAGCCCAAAGAUGCCGAUGCCGCCACACUGUCCCCUGGAGCGGAGAGAUUCAUGGAGGCGGCCCUCUGGACCGUCUCUCUCACCAUGCUGCAUUUUACCUUUGACGUUCUCGUCCAGCACCAGUAUGGCAUCGAAGUCAUAUGGCCAUCGGUCUGGACCAGGGCAGCCAAGGCAUGGCUAGGCUUCCUCUUCAUAUUCUAUGUCCUCCACCCGCACGAGUCCAACGCAACCCUCGUUCCUCGUCUCCCCGCGCGGUUUCAGCAUCGGGCCCGCCAGUCCAUCUUCUUUUUCCUGAGCGUCAUUUCUGGCUGCUACCUCAUCCACAUCUCCAACAGCUACGGCUACCUCGCCACCAUGAAGCAGGCCCCCCCGGUUGCCUGUCUCUGGCUCUGGGCUGUCAUGGAGCUCGAUCUGCUACCUGCCGUCCUCAGCCUCGCCUUUGCUGUCGUGUUUCUGUGGCAGCGCGGAUACGGCAUCAAGUAG